AUGACGAAGGAUUCGAUAUCUUUCAAACAAGACCCCGCACUGGUUGCUGCGAUUAACAAACUCUGUAGUCGCAAUGACGCACCGAAUGUCCCUUCGCUUUUACCACAACGUAAAUUGGACUUUGACGAAGUUCAAAGACUUCUGAAGCCUGCUGCUGUGAAUAAAGGUUUGCGUAUACGAAAAUAAUGUAUAAAGUUAUCAGAAAUUUAACAUUAUUACCGAUUAUAAAUCGUUCCAAAGAUUGAAGGUAUUUUGAAAGACAUUGAUAAUAGCGCAGAGAGAGGCGUCUCACCCAGGCUGGUGAUAAGAAACCAAAGAUUAUGGAGCAACUGUAUUUAUAGUUUAGAUCGUGUAACGUUGAAAUCCAUGAGUAACGCUAAAACCACAACAUUAGUGUAUUCAAACAAUGAAGACAAGUCCCGGUUCAACAUGAUCGUGUUUGUUUUGACUAAAAUACAUGAACUAUUGACCAAGAAUAUAACAGUGACGAGACGAGAGUUAUUCUAUCAGAAUGUAAGUAGAUUUGUAAGUCAAAUCAAACUAGAUACGGCUGUUAGGGACGCGUGCUGUUUGCUGGAAACAACUCCAUGGAGUCUGGGUGUCGUGGCCACCGCUAAGGGUCUUAUAGCUGGUCCUAUAAAGAUGUACAAUAGGGAUAGCUCCAUACUCGAUUGUAACGUGGCUGGAGGUACGUUAAUACCACAAGACAUUGUAGGUAUCACUAAGUUUGAGACAACCGCCAAGUACAUACUGCUGGUUGAGAAGGACGCGAUCUUCCAGAAGUUACUCGACGAAGGAGCCUUGAUUCGAUUGGGUCCUGUCAUUUUAUUAACGGGUAAAGGUUACCCGGAUGUCUGCACUCGUCAGUUGCUGUACCGUCUCGUGUCCGAGCUCCGCCUGAGAGCCCUGGCGCUUGUGGACGCAGAUCCACACGGCUAUGAGAUAUACCUCACUUAUAAAUACGGCUCGCUUGCACAAUCCCAUUUAUCGGAUUCCCUAGCGUGUACCAGUCUGUUGUUGCUGGGAGCGCGCUAUCAGGACCUGAUGACGUUGGUGCCGACAGCAGCUCGCUUGGCGCUCACAGCUUUAGACAGACGAAAACUAGCUGCACUCAUAAAUCGACCGUAUUUGAAUACACCGACAGGAGAUCCCAUCAAAGAGGAUCUCAAGAGGAUGUUAGAGCGAGGGCUGAAGGCUGAGUUGGAGGCUGUAGUGCCUUAUUCGGUGGCCAUGUCCGACUCAUACAUACCUUCUAAGAUUAUAGCCGCAGAUUUUUUAGGUUGA